AUGAAAUCUGGCGAGCAAGAAGCGGAGGAGGAAGUUGUGGGUGAAGAGGACGCAAAUUUGCCCAUUGUCGAUGAAUCUUUAAAGCCGUCAGCGGAUCUCCUUUCUUCUUUUUUUUACUUUCGGAAUGAGUUUGACGAGCUCGAGAUGGAUGCUGACAGCCCUUUGGUGCCUCAAAACGGGGGGAAAUCGGUUCAUACCCUACUGGAGUAUGAUGUCUUUAAGUGUAUGUAUCCCUCGCGGUCUCCGACUAUUAUAUCGCCUGUUUCGCCUCGAUCCGCUCUCUCCGUUCACAUCUGUUCGAUGCUGGGCUCUCCUGCAGCCCUUACUGUCCCAUUUUCGCCCGCAAUGGCGCUUCAUGCAGAUCCCACCUUUGUUUCAAAUUACUUUCAACCGUAUCCUUUGGCGUUUAGCGGGGGCCGCACUUGCCUGUCUUUGAAAUCAAAUGGUCCAAAGGGUAGGGGUCCUGAACUUUCGCAAGAAGAGGUCAGAAAAGCGGCUUCAAACUUUUUAUUUGCCUCCGUUUCGUCGGUUUUUCGCCGCUGUUGUUUCCCCUCGUCACUCCUUUAUGGGCUGGCUUUAUCGGCCCGUGACUAUUUUGGAGUUGGCCAAAGUAGAGAAGUGUGGCUGGGAGAAUUAGCGUCAACACCGGGGUCCAGAAGACGUGCUCAUUUCUGCAGAACCGACGGGGCUUCUGCCCACACCUCGGUGAUACAUCUGUCUACUGCCUCAUCCACUACUGCCUCCAUUUCGUCUUCAUUGCCAUCAACGGAAGCAUCCUUGUCCAUUGUCAUUAGGACACCUAUAAAGCCGACCGUAUCGGUGCCUCCUGCCCAAAAUUUGCCGCCUAUAAAGCUGAUUCCCUCGGGCUCUACUUCUUUUAUUGCCAGUAGAAAAAACAAGGCCUCGUUUAUUGUUAGCAGGCAAAAGAAAAAGAAACGGAAAGUAAAGCCAUCAAUUCGACUAGCCGAGCCUCGACCAGCUCCACUUCGCAUCGUUCUUAAAUGUGCUGAGGAGAAGCCGUUGGCACCAAUUCCUACAAUACGCAUCAAGUUUCCUUUGGAGAAUAAGGUGGAGGUGCCCAAGAUCAGGCUAAAAGUUGUAAAUCCCAAUGCUGAGCGCUGA